AUGACAGCAGUUAUUAGUUCCCUGCGCAAGCAAAUUGCAGCAUGCGAAGCCACGCUACAGGAAUUACGCCAACAGCUCGCCGAAGCUGAGCAAAACCAAAAUCAGCCGUCCAAAGUUGUUCCUCAGAAACGGCCAUUGGCCACAGACCCAACCAACCCAUUGGAUCAUGAUAUGAACUUUGGUGUACCGGACGACUUUCGUUCAGAAGUUUUUGCUAUCCUGGAUCAGGGGGAAAAGAAAGCGAAGCAUGCUGAGUCAGAAGAGACCCAAAAGUGGGAGCUAGAGAAGGACGAAUACAAGAGGUAUGGAAGACAGCUGAUCAUGCCCGAGAUUGGGCUUCGGGGACAACUUCGCCUCAAAAGCGCGCGUGUACUUAUUGUAGGUGUUGGCGGUCUCGGAUGUCCAGCUGCCGCAUACUUGGUCGGAGCGGGCGUUGGCACUGUAGGUUUGGUGGACGGCGACGUGGUUGAAGAAUCCAAUCUUCACCGCCAAAUCCUGCACUCCAUGGCAAGGGUUGGGAUGACCAAGGUUGAAAGUGCAAUGGUCGGAUUAAAAUCGCUUAAUCCUAAUGUCAACUUGGUGCCACAUAUUUCUCGACUAAGUCCUGAGACUGCCAUAUCAACAUUCAGUGGCUAUGAUCUGGUACUGGAUUGCACUGAUACUCCAGCGUCGCGCUACUUGAUAUCAGAUGCGUGCGUCCUCUUGGGCAAACCGCUUGUUUCAGCGUCGGCACUUCGUAUUGAUGGCCAGCUGAUGGUCCUCAACAACCCACCAUUACCGCCAGGUGAUCUCAAUGGAGGCCCUUGCUACCGUUGUGUUUUCCCAAAGCCCCCGCCGCCGGAAUCUGUUGUAUCCUGCGGUGACGGUGGGAUCCUGGGACCAGUUGUUGGCGUCAUGGGUGUUCUGCAAGCCUUGGAAGCUAUCAAGGUUUUGACCCAGAAAACACCUUCUACAACACCAGCAGAUCCACCAAGCCUGCUCAUUUUCUCUGCCUACUCGAAUCCCAUGUUCCGCUCUAUACGCCUGAGGAGUCGAAAGGCAAAAUGUGCUUCUUGUUCAGCAAAUGCGACAGUCACCAAACAAGCGCUAGAGUAUGGAAGCUUGGAUUAUGUUCAAUUUUGUGGCAGCGUACUUCCACCCAACAAUCUGCUUUCCCCAGAGGAGCGCAUAUCCGCCCAAAAUUACGCCAGACUACGCUCGGGGGUCAAUCCUCAUACAGGAACAGUGUCAAACAAGAAUAGUCAUAUUCUCGUCGAUGUACGAGAGAAGGUACAGUUUGAGUUGUGCCAUAUCGAUGGCAGUAUGAACGUCCCCUUUUCGACUGUGUCCAGUACGUCAGGCCGAGGCGCCAACAAAGGGCACAACGGGGGAGAUUUUGAAGAAAAUGACUGGGUCACACAGUUGAAGCAGUCUGAGCGGCCUAUCUUUGUGAUAUGCAGACUGGGAAACGACUCUCAAGUAACUGUUAAGAAGAUGAAAGAGCUUGGCCUUGAUUUGGGAGGGAAGCGAUAUAUUGGCGACAUCAAGGGAGGUCUCCAGUCGUGGAGAAAAGACGUGGAGACGGAUUUCCCAGACUACUAA